AUGGAUGCUCCCUGCCCGACCGGACAUUGUCCAGUAAGACUGAGUGCUGCUCCUGACGGGCAGAAGAUCGUAUCGCCGCUGCCCCGAGCCGGGCGCAACGUUCGAUACUAUUACAUAGACUUCGGGCUAUCCUCUCGGUUCUCCAAGGGAUCCUCCUCACUCGUUAUCGGCGACGUCGGCCAAGUGUAUAUCCCAGAACUAUUCAAUGAGGUCCUGUAUGACGCAUUCAAGGUCGACAUUUUCGCUCGUAGAGAUCUCUACUACAAGCAGUUUGAGAAGAAAUAUACAAGCAUGGAGUUCUUGUGUCCACUCAUCGAGCUUAUGGACGAAGACGCGUGCGACUCUCAACGAUACCCAUUUACGCUAGCGGCUUGUACCCCAGUAUGA